AUGGCGAUGCUAGCUUCGAAGUCGUCUUUCCCGGCUUCGCUGGCCUCUUCCGGCGCCACCCUCGUCUCGAGCACACCUUCGUCCAACAUGCAGUCGUCGAGAAGAGCUCUUGCCGCCCCGGCUUCGGGCCAACCCUUCGCCAGUCCGACCGAGUCUGACUUCUCCGAUAUCGAUGGCCCUGAUGCGGUUAAGAAUUGGACCGAGGACCAAGUCUGCGAGUAUCUGCGAAGUGUCAAGUGUGGCGAGUACGAAAAGCUGUUCCGAAAGAACAGCAUUAACGGCGAAAACCUGCUGGAGAUGGACAAGGAAGUCCUCAAGGAGAUGGGCAUCGAUAAGGUCGGUGACCGCGUGCGGCUGUUCCUUGGCAUUAAGAAGCUACGAACGAAGGCGUACGCCAACCAGAAGAAGCGCAACCGGGAUUCCUUCGGUGGGCUGCUCGACACCCAGUACACGCCCUCGACCGGAUCACCGAGGCCACCCAACUCUGCCAAUCGGGCCAUGCCUACUCCUCCGUCGAACAAGAGAUACUCCAGACAGAUUGACAUGUCGAGUUUCGCCAUGAACCCCAUGCUUGAGGCAACAAAGCCUGCGUCGCGACCCAACUCACCCCUUCACAGCUCCGACAUGCGAACCGCUAGGCAACACCGCUAUCCCCAGGGACAGCAAUACAUGAGCAAUGCGGCCCCGAACUCUGGCAGCAGAAGACCUGGUUCUCCCCACGAGACACUUUCGUCUAAUCGUCUGGUAAUGACCCAUACGAGGAACAAUUCAAGUCAGGACGGUUCGCUGAUGGCAGCCCUCCCACAGGACCAAGGAUUCAUUCGCGUUAUCUCUACCGGCGGUACCACGAAGGUCGUCAAGGUCGCUGACUGCAACACGUGCGAGGAAGUCAUGCGGGUAACUUUGCGAAAGUUCGCUCUGAGGGAAGAUCACGAUCGCAACUAUUGCUUUUGGGUAUUGGCCGGUGUCGAACCCGACCCGCAACAAUGCCGUCGUCUCGGCGAUACCGAGUUGUGGCGCAUCAUAAAGGAUCAGAAGCGCCCAGAGAGAAAUAGGCUAAUACUCCGGAGAGUGCCUUCUGGGGAGCCGGGAGAUUCAGAACUGCAGCGAGCCGCCGCCAUUGGUCUGGAGGAAGCGCAGCAAAACCAUGCUCGUGCCCUUGAAAACGUUCAGGACAAGAGAAGCCAGCUAAAGGUACAGAAGCUGUUGGGCGAGAGCUGGAACGAAGGCCUUCAGCAGCCGCUUUCGCCAAUCUCCUUCCAAGACAGAGAGAGAAACCUACGCAACGCUGCCCACGACCUCGAGCGCCCUGCGCCUAGUGAAGCUAAGGCCGGUCCUAGACGCAAGGGUCUAUUGAGGCAGUUUGGUGGACUGAGACCACCUAGCGAGUUGAUCGCGUCGGAUCUCACUUCAUACUUCCCUGAUCACCCUAGAGAGGAUAUCGAUCGAACUGCCCGACUAUCGAUGCGAAGGUCGACGCGUCUGAGCAAGGUUAACAGCCGCCUCAGUGUUGCAAGCAACUUGAGCUUCGCCUCGAGUGUUCAAGAUGCACCACCCAUCCCGACCAUUGCCGACAGCUGGCUGAACAAUGGCCAAGUUGCCAAGAUCAAGCCGCGUGAUGCCCAGAGCCGCAUGACGCACGCAUACCGAGACUCGGUAGCCUCGUCAGUUCUCGAUACUCUCCAAGAGGAAUCUCCCAUUGAACCCAACCGCAAAUCAUACGUCUCCUUCGCCGACAGUGGAUCUGACAGCAAUCCGGUUAGUAUCACGGAUCCUGAUGGCCGCGUCAUACGGCAUAGUUACUUCGAUGAGACUAGUACACAAGGGUCUGGCUCCAUGAAGGAGCUGAGCCAGGCUUUGAACGAGGACGGUGAAGAUGCCGACGAGGAGUUGCAGAGCUUCCUCGCGGGCGAGUCCUGGGAUGAUAACAAGUGGAUGAAGGGCGCAUUGAUUGGACAAGGUUCAUUCGGCUCGGUGUACCUGGCUUUGCAUGCCGUCACUGGUGAACUUCUUGCUGUCAAGCAAGUUGAAGCGCCGUCGCCUGGCUCCAACGGCCAGAACGACUCUCGCAAGAAGAGCAUGAUUGAAGCUCUCAAGCGUGAGAUCACACUCCUCCGAGACCUGCGACACGCAAACAUCGUCCAGUACCUUGGCUGCAGCUCGUCGGCGGAGUACCUUAACAUUUUCCUCGAGUACGUCCCCGGCGGCUCAGUUCAGACGAUGCUCAACUCGUAUGGUGCUCUUCCCGAACCCCUGGUUCGCAGCUUCGUCCGACAGAUUCUGCAGGGUCUCUCAUAUCUGCACAACCGGGAUAUCAUUCACCGCGAUAUCAAGGGUGCCAAUAUCCUCGUUGACAACAAGGGUACAAUCAAGAUAUCCGAUUUUGGAAUCAGCAAGAAGCUUGAAGCCACUAACAUCCUUAAUGGCGCUAAUAACAACAAGCAUCGGCCUUCUCUCCAAGGAUCGGUAUUCUGGAUGGCGCCAGAAGUGGUCAAGCAGACCUCGUACACGCGCAAGGCGGAUAUCUGGUCUCUUGGUUGCUUGGUCGUCGAGAUGAUGACGGGAACUCACCCUUUCCCGGACUGCAGCCAGCUGCAGGCUAUUUUCAAGAUUGGUGGUGGCAAAGCCGCCCCUACCAUCCCUGACAGUGCCAGCCCCGAGGCAGUGGAGUUCUUGACCCAGACCUUUGAGAUCGACCACAACCUGCGACCCAGCGCAGACGAUCUCAUGUUGAGUCCGUUCUUGACUCCAAUCACCUAA